CAAUAAACGCUAUCAAAAAAUCAGGAUUGGCUUUUUUGCUUUUUAAACUGGUGGAUGUAGAAAGUCUUUAUUGAAAGAAAUACGUUUACAUGAGGAGGAUGGAAUCAACGUUACGCUUUUGCAAGCGAAUUCUUUUACUGUGCUUGGUAUUGUUUUUUGUGUCAAUCGAUUCACAGGAUCCUUGUUAUGCAGCAAACCAUCAGACGUUCCCACAAGAUAGUCUUGGUUCAAGAAAUGAGGUUUGUGAUCCGAAAGUAUCUCCAAUUUGCGACUACUACCUUAAAGAUGAUUGGUACGUCCUAGAGAACGCAACACUUAUGAAUCAUUGUCCAAUUAAAGGAAAUUGCGGAGUCGCCUACCCAACAUGGAUGAACGGAGGUUUUCCAAGAGUUCAAGAUGGCGAAGUGAAUCAAACAGCUUGCAUAAAAAUGGAUGGCGAUUGCUGCAAAAUGAACGUAACAAUGACUAUCAAAAAUUGCACAAGUUUCUUUGUGUUUUAUCUGCCCUCACUUCCAGCGUGCCCGAUGGCAUACUGUUUCAAAUCAACCAUGCCAUGUGAUCCACCAACAACAGUAGGUACAACACCAAAAGGAAGUGCAUCCACAGGUAUAUUUCAUACAACUUCAGAAGUUCAAGAUUCGCGAGGUGAUGAAGCAAUAUCAAAUGGGAAUUCAAACACGCUUCUGAUUGCUUUAUGUUCUGGAAUACUUGCCUUGUUGCUUGGGGCUGCUGCUGUCGUCUUCGUGUGGAUUUUGGCGACUGGAAGAUGCAAAAAGCAGCACGUGCCAACUGCGAAAAAUGCCACAGUUUCGCCGGAAAAUUUCGACGUGUCGUACAAUAACACACCACCUCCAUUAUAUUCGGAGAAAUGAGCAGUUAUUUGAUCGCUUUGUGCUAUGAAUUCCUAACAACAAAUUUAAGGACCAAUUUUAGAGAAUUACCUCAUUAUGGCACUUUGCAUCUAGGGACAUUCCGCAAAUUUGCAAAGUUUAGAAAAACAAAAAUAAAAUUAUUGGUAUCAUAUGACGUAGUUUCCUACUAUAUUCUCUUAACGUCACUGUUUUCAUUAAGCGCUAUUAUUUUGAGAAUUGCGCAUACAGGUAAUGUAAUUGUUGUUCUUCAUAAAUGUUUUAAGAAGUUCGAAUAUAUUUUAGAUGGUCCUUUGAAAUAUUCUAAGAAUCCGUGGUUCACUUUUAUUUUAUCUUCUAUUAUUCUGUCAGUUAAUGAGUUUGAGGGUAGAUUCGAUUUUCUUGUUAACGUGUUUAUACGUUAGUUCACGCUUUGGGUAUACAUAUAUUUCAAUAAAUUCAGAAUUUAAAGGCACUGACCUCCAGAUUUUGGCUAAAAAUUAUCUUUCUUUCAAGUUAAAGUUUUGUCAUAUUAAAACAUUAGAAUAUGAGUUUUUGUGUCUAAACUAUUUCAAAAAUGCCAGAUCAAGAAAAAAAAGAUGACCGUGUCGGGAAUCGAACCGGACCGCCGCGGCAAUAAAAAAGAUUUUCCACUGUCGUUACCAAUAACGCUUUAGAGGAUUUUGUGAUAAAUGCGCGUUAAAUAUAGAAAUUCAUAAUCGAGGCAAUUUAGGCAAUUUACCCCAAGUUAAACGUUAUAAACGCUUUUCGAUUGUCAUCGUAAAAAGUAGCCAAAACAACUAAUUCUGUUGAAUUUCCGUAACAUAUUUUCUGUCAGUACUUAAGUUUCAAAGCAUUCUUAAGAAAUACAGUAUUAAUUACCAGAUAUCUAAAAAUCUUCUCAUUUUUUUUUUUUGGUUUUGUUUUCGAACGAUCUGGAGGCCAGUGCCUUUAAAGUUAAGAAAAUAAUGAUUCCUUAUCUUUGAUCUUCGAUAUGGCUGAUUGCGUUGUAUAAUUAAAUGAUAGAACUUAAAACAUCUGCGGACUGUAAAAUCACUACUAAAGGCUUAUAAAUAAUUAACUUAUUUUAUCAUCAAAAGCAGUGUCUUUGAAUUUUGCACUGGUAAAUACCAUUUGAAUUGUUCACACGAAUUAUUUGUCGAACAAAAGUCGUUCGGAUCAGAUAAGAACUGAAUUCUUACCACUUUCCUUCUACAAACGUGAUGUCAAAAAUGGAUGUCAAAAAUGGACAUUAUCUGCAGGUACAAACUAAGAUGCUUUUUCAUAAUAUAAGUUAAGGAAAAAAGUUCCUGUUGUAGUUUAUUCAGUUAUGCCUUAUUUUAUGAAAUGUGUAUUUUUUAUUCAAAAAAGAAGAAAAAGAGAACUGCUUUUAUAGUUGGUAUGUGUCUGAAAAACAUAGAAAAAUAAUAUUCUUAUUUUUUGUCAAUAUAAUUGAUUUCAGGUAAACACUUCAGCUGGAGUCUUUAACAUUAACCAUUUAAAACCUAGUUCUAUCUUAUAUUGCUACAAAAGUAUUUUCACAUUGCAAAUUUUGGUAUGCCGAGAUGUCUUUGCUGACAUUCUGACUUUUUUACACAGACUUAUUGCCUCUCGGCGAAUACAGUUUCGCAGAAGAAUGAUAAACUGUUAUGCUGUUUAUGUCAUUAAAUAAAAUGUCAACGGCUGUUAAAGAAUUGAAAUAAUAAAACAUUUUUCACCAA